CCGGCCCCGGCCCCGGCCCCGGCCCUGGCCCUGGCGGGGACCGAGGGGCCCGGCGGCGGCGACACGGCUCUCCUCACUGUGCUCCACUUGAGGGACCAAAUCAAGGAGCAGUUCAUGGAGUGCAACACGGCCGUUCUUGUCGAGAGAGAAAAUUUCCUUGAUCAUCCACUUGAAGAAGAUUUUAUGCUGAGUGCCACACAAGAUUUGCAAACAGAUAUAGAGAAAGUAAGAGUCUCUCUCCAGAACAAGACAUUGGCCUUACAAAGAGUCCAAAUUAUGGCUGCCCUGAGAAAGAAAUUGAAACAAGAUGAUGAGGACUCACGUCUGAUCCUGAAAACAAUGGAAAACAUAGUGUUGCUCAGCCAGAAAAUAAGUGAAUAUCAGCAGCAAGCACAUCAGAAGGAACAGCAGUUGAUUGACAUUAAAAACAGAAGACUCUUACUAAAGAAGAGAGAACAGCAACUACAGGAAAUUCAGGCCAUGAGGGAAAAGCAAAAGGAGAAACAAAAAAGUGUGAAUGUCACUGAAAUGGAGAACAUGCUUGAAGUGCUAGAAAAAGAAAGAGAGAUAACUACAAUACUUCAAAGCGUGUUCCAGAACAUCGUAUUUGGAAGUGGAGUUAACUGGGCAGAAGAUCCAUCUUUAAAGGAAAUUAUUCUACGGCUUGAAAAAAAUGUCUAUCUUCAAUGAGUCAGGAGGUUUAGCUUAUAUUUUUUAUACAAUGUGUGCAUUCUAACUGAACUCAAUAGAUUAUGUGUAUUUCAAAAACACACUUUAAGAAUUAUAGAAUUUGAGCUUUCUGAAAGAUGUUGUUCUCUCUAGAGAAUUAGAAUGUGUCCAAGCAAUCCUUGAAAUUAAAUUUAUCUUACGGUAGAACAACAAAUGUUUGAACGGUCAUAGAGCUGAUGAAAUGAAACUACCUGAAGACUAACUUCGCAAGCUGUCCUGUCUGGAGUGCUCAUUUUCCUCUGAAAGGCAACAAUAACGCAAGAAAAGUUUCAAGGUUUCAUGCAGAAAUGGACUUAAGCUAAGACUUUGCUGUACCCCUUUCCUGGGGACCAGCAGGCUGUGGAGCUCAAGCAGGAUGCAUGUCUCUAUUCUGUCCUAGUCAAAAGCUCAAACUGGAAAAUUUAUUAGCAAGUCUGGAGUUGGGAUUAUUUUUGUUUUUAAGGCCUUAUGUAUAACUUUAGGUACCAGAAAUUUUGUGCUCUUUCUAGCAGUGACUUGUCUGUGAAAGUGAUUUCAUUUGUCAACUGCCCAGCGAAGCAGCAUUUUGAUUAUAUGUCUUGACUAGCAUUUGCGCUUGUAUCAGCUGUUUGUUUGAUGUUCGAAUGAAAUGGACUAUUAGGGUGUAACACAUUUUGGGAGUGUGUAGUGUCCCUUGUUAACUUGGUGUUUAACUUGCUAUUAUUGUUUUAAGUUGCUAUUAUUAUUGCUUCAUUUUUAACUAGCUGGGGUUUUUUGGGUGGGUGCCUUGAUCUAAUAAUAAAAAUAAAACGCUUAUUUUCCUGAAAAUA